AUGCAGCAUCUGCAGGUCGUCAAGCGAAUCCUGCACUACGUGGCAGGCACCCUCGACUACGGUCUCCACUACGGAAGGGCCCCUGACACAGCGCAGUUCGUCAGCUACUACGACCGUGACCUCGCCGGUGAUGUGGAUACUAGCAAGAGCACAACCGGGACGAUGUUGUUCCUCGGUGAUUGCUGGGAGCUAUGGCUAUCAAGGAUGCUAGCAGAGCUCCUUGGUAGGAAGGUGGAUGUGGUUGAGAUGAAAGUGGAUAGCAAGUCUGCUCUAGCUCUAGCCAAGAACCCCGUCUUUCAUGAAAGAAGCAAGCACAUCCGCAUCAAGUAUCACUUCAUCAGGGACCGCUUGGAGGAUGGGUGCAUCAAGACUAGCCACAUUGGCACUACUGAUUAG